GGUAAGGAAGUGCAGGUUGGUCGGCCGUUGGAGAACAGAAGAAACAACACUGCUGCAGUAGCCCGUCACACUGCACAUAUUUCUCGAAAAGGAAACUCUGCCUUGGCAGACUUUCUUAGCACUGCUUAGGCUAGGCAGACCAACACGAAAAGAACGACGAAACGAUGAACAUCCUACAGCACAAGAGCUGGCAUGUCUACAGCCAGAAGAACCAGGACAAAGUCAGGAAGGACGAAGCCAAGGCAGAGGCGGGGGAAAAGCAGAUUCAGGAGCGCGCUCUCGCAGCUGAUAGGGAACAUCGCCUGGCGAUAUUACGACAACGAGCGCAGCAUCGAACCGUAGAUAGUCUUGGUGCCGAACCACCAGACAAUAAUCAUGCGGUGUCUACAAUAGGACCACCAACUUCAAAUGAUACCAAAGCCCUGACAAUCACGAAGCAACAGGUCAAUUUUUGGCCAGACCUGGAGCACGAGGGCGCUAAGAAUGGACAUGGGAACCCAGAGUAUGAGGCAGAGGUCAAAGUAAAACAGGAGAAAUGGAACCGCACGAUAGCAAUUCAUUUGGACACAGGAAUUAGCAAGGAAAAAACUCCUUGGUACGCCAGAAACCAUGCAGUCUCCAUGAGUACGAGCCGCAGAAAGGAGGAUAACCAGGAGUUUUCAAAAAUUCGCGAGGACCCGAUGAAUGUAGUUAAAAGCAUGCUAGAUAAACGGGACAAGAAUCGCAGGGAUAGAAGCAGGUCUGCGUCACCAACCAGACGUACUAAUUGGCUGAAAAACAACAGGGCAAGAGUCCAGGACCUAAAAAAUAAACCCGAAACGAAUACGAUGGCUAGGUUGAGAAAAGAACGGCUUGAAAGAGAAGAAGCAGAAAGGGCAAAGGCGCGGGCAUUAUUGAAUCCAGCCUAUGUGGAUCCAAAGGAGCACUAUCGGCCCGUCGGCACGUACAGCCAACAAUACAAUCCGCAGGAUACGACCCUUGCACACUCCCUGCAUGCUCGGAAUUCGAAUAUGGAUAGGCCGCAUGAGAGCCAUGGUUAUAGGCAUGAGCGUGAUACACGUCGGGAUAAGGACCGAGAACGGCACAGUGGCCGAGAUUAUGGGAUAGAUGAGGACAGGGAUCGCCAUAGAGUAUCGGAUAAGGAUUAUCAUCACGGCCGCCAUCGAGAAAAGCAACGCUAUAGCGAUCGCGAUCGCUCACGACCAUACUAAACUUACA